AUGUCCACUUCAGAAAUGUCAUCCACGUCAUCAGAAAUCCAUCAUGACGCCCAAGCUUUAUACGAACAAACCAACUUUGAAGAACUUCAAGGCGACCUCUUCACCGCCUCUCCACCCACCGACUCUCUCGCUCAUUGUAUCUCUGCAGACAUUAAGAUGGGAAAGGGAAUAGCCGUUUUGUUCAAAUCAAAAUUCGGGGGUGUAUCCGAACUUCAAGAACAGUCCAAACGCGUUGGAGAAGUAGCUUACCUCGUUCGCGAUGGAAGAUACAUAUUCUACUUGAUUACUAAGGAGAGACAUUUCCACAAACCCACACAUGAGGACUUCGAGAAGGCUGUGUCAGAGUUGAGAAGUUUGUGUGAUGAGUUGGGCGUUUUGGGUUUGAGUAUUCCAAGGAUCGGGGCUGGGUUAGAUAAAUUGGAUUUGGAUUACGUUAAAAGCGUUGUUAAGAACGCCUUUGACGGAUCUAAUACGAAAGUCACCAUGUUUUAUUUGUAA